UAUAUGGAUCGCCCUCGCCGCUCUUCCUCCACCUCCACAGCUUCUCGUCGCUCCGCGGUCACCAUGGAUGAUGUUGCCCGAGGAAAGAAGCAACCUCCCUACAAUGGUGAUAGCAAUGGAACUAACACCAUAAAUCCAACUGUCCCUGGAUCGUUUACGGGUCACCCUGUUGCGGUCCAGAAGAUGGCAACUUACGAUGAAGAAAAAGCUGCCGCUCGGUCAAGUAUUUCCGAUGACAAGGCUGGUGUUUCCAACGAGGGCUCUCCGAACACGCCCUUCUUCUCCUGUUGUUCUUGCGUUAAUUUCUCCCUUUGCUUCUGACUUCGUCUCCCGCCAGGCGUCGAGCUGUGCCGAUCGGGAACCCCAUCUUAUGAUUAGUCGAGUCCCUUUUGUUUGUAUGGUCAAUAUUCAGUAGGUCAUGCUUUCGUUUAGGUGUCUUUUCCUAGGUUUUCUGGUGUACAUGCUCUAUGAUGUUCGAGACAAUUGAGGAUAUGCCACAUCCUUUGUCUCUUUAUUAAUGAGGUUUUUCAACUACUUAA